GUGUGAUUAAAAUCAGCUGUCAGUAUUGAUGUCAAAGAUGAAAGUUUGUGGAAGGUGGUGUAUGGACUAGUAACAUCAAUGGGUAUGCAUAUGGAAGUUGCCUCCCAUGGGCAGAAUUGAUCAUGUUAUGUUAAGAGAAAAACUUGCUUAAAUAUGUGUUGACAUUAUAUUGAAAGACAAGGUUCAUGAUGGCAAUGAUAGGGAUCCCCAACAGCAAUCCCUUGCCAGGUUUCAUCACAGAAAUGGAGCAGAUCAUCAGUCAACUGGAAAGAGGAACAGUUGUUACAAAAUUCUACCCACGUAAACGUCCCGAGAGGAAGACUUUGAUGAUUAGACGUGAGACAAGGCAGGUUGUUUGGGCUCGGACAGCUGCUACAAGAACUUUUGAAAGUGCCGUGGAUCUCAGGGAAGUAAAAGAAAUCCGUGUGGGGAAGAAUUCCAAGGAUUUUGAGAGGUGGCCAGAUGAUGCAAAACGAAUGGAGAACAUGAAGUGUUUUGUAGUAUUCUAUGGCUUGGAAUUCAGGUUGAAAACUCUUUCUAUAGCAGCCUUGUCUGAAAAAGAGUGUGAGCUCUGGGUUCGAGGUCUGCGACAUCUUGUGCCAGACACAAUUGCUGCAUCAUAUCCUCUCCAAGUCGAGAGAUGGCUAAGAAAGGAAUUCUACAGUAUGGAGAACAGCAGAGAAAUGAUAACACUGAAAGACAUGAAGGCCUUUCUGCCACGAGUUAACUGUAAGAUAUCGACAAACAGGUUGAGGGAGUUGUUUCAGGAGGUGGAUACAAGGAAGAGAACAGAGUUGGGGUUUGACGACUUUGCAACACUCUACCACAAGCUCAUGUUUGAUGAACAUAUGUUUCGGGAGUGUAUUGACGUGUAUACUACGUACUCCGAGAACGGUAAAAUAAUAACAUUGCAAGAAUUCCAAAGCUUCCUGAUCCAGGAGCAAGGAGAUCCCAUGGGCAAUGAUGAGCGAGAAGUGUCGCGCUUCAUGAGGGAUUAUCUGCAGGAUUCCCAGCGGAAUGUGCAGGAGCCGUUCUUCACCAUCAUUGAGUUUAUGGAUUUCCUGUUCUCAAAACAAAACGACAUUUGGGACCAGCGGUAUGAUCAGGUUUACCAGGACAUGACGAGGCCAAUGUCGCACUACUGGAUUGCUUCAUCACACAACACCUAUCUUACUGGAGACCAGUUUUCCAGUGAGUCUUCAGUUGAAGCCUACGUGCGGUGUUUGCGGCAGGGUUGUCGCUGUAUAGAACUUGAUUGCUGGGAUGGUCCAGAUGGCAUGCCUUUCAUAUACCAUGGACACACACUUACCACAAAAAUAAAGUUCUUGGAUGUUAUUAAAACAAUAAAAGAACAUGCCUUUGUUACCUCAGAGUUCCCAGUAAUUCUGUCCAUUGAAGACAACUGUUCUUUACCUCAGCAAAGAAAAAUGGCAACAGCUAUGCAAGAAGUAUUUGGAGAAUUAUUAGUAGUGCACCCUAUUGAGAGAAAUGAGACACACCUGCCGUCACCUCAUCAGCUACGGAGAAAAAUUAUUCUGAAACAUAAGAAGCUGCCUGAAGGGGAAGACGAAGCCUCUUUCUUUGUGAAGAAUGCAGAUGGUAAGGAAAUGGAUCUUAGAAACACAGUGAAGAAUGGAAUUCUGUAUCUUGAAGAUCCAGUGGACAAGGAGUGGAACCCCCACUUCUUUGUUCUUACGCAGCAUAAACUGUUCUACACAGACAGCUUUCAGAACGAGCAGGAGGCAGACGGAGAUGAGGAGGAGGAGCAGGAAGUGGGCUUUCAUAGAGCAAAGGAGGGUGUGCCAAAUGAUGAGCUUCACUUUAGUGAGAAGUGGUUCCAUGGGAAACUCCCUGGAGGAAGAGCAGAAGCAGAAAAUUUACUCAGGGCAUACUCAACCCUUGGAGAUGGCACAUUUCUGGUGCGAGAUAGUGAAACGUUUGUUGGAGAUUAUACACUUUCAUUCUGGCGCCAAGGAAAGGUUAACCACUGUCACAUCAGAUCGAAGCAAGACAAGGGGCAGACGAAGUACUAUCUGAUUGAUUCUAACUGUUUUGAUAGUUUAUAUAGUUUGAUCACCCACUAUCGCAGUCAUUCACUUCGAAGCCAGGAAUUCCUAAUCACGUUGCAAGAACCGGUGCCUCAGCCGAACAAACACGAGGGCAAGGAGUGGUAUCAUCAAAAUAUCACUCGUGCUGAAGCUGAAGAACUGUUGAGGAGAGUUCCUUCAGACGGUGCUUUUCUAGUCAGACCUAGUGGAAAUGAUGUGUACUCAUAUGCCAUCUCCUUCAGGGCAGAAAAGAAAAUCAAACACUGUAGAAUAAAGCAAGAGGGUCGCCUCUACACAAUUGGUUCAGUUCAGUUUGAGAGCCUUGUGGAACUAGUCAGCUACUACAAGCAUCAUCCUCUCUAUCGCAAAAUAAAGCUCUGGUAUCCUGUGAAUGAAGAUCUCAUCAGAGGAAUAAGUCCGAAGAUGGGAGAUACUGAUGAUGGUGUUAUAUAUGGUACCCCAGGAUACAUGGAUCCAAACAGCAUUGUACCAAAGGUGACAGUAAAAGCCGUGUAUGACUAUCAGGCAUGUCGUGAUGACGAGCUGUCUUUCUGUAAGCACGCCAUCAUCACAAAUGUCAACAGGCAAGACGACGGCUGGUGGCGAGGGGAUUAUGGUGGGAAAAAACAGCAUUGGUUUCCAUCGAACUACGUGGAGGUGAUUGAACCUCAAGAAAACCGUGAUGAUAAUUCAUCGGACUCGAUGCUUCUGGGAAGUUUACAGAAAGGCAGUCUGGACAUGAUGGGGGCAGUAGUAGACUUGUUUGUGGGGGGGCAUCCUGGGCUAGAGUGGAUCCUGAGAAUUCAGAACCCCAGUAUGUGCACCCCAUUUGAAGUGGCAGUUCCUUCUCGUGAACAAGCACUUGAGUGGAUGGCCAGCAUCAAGGAAACAGCCCAGUAUGCUAACGUCAGGGAGACACAGCACAAGGAUUUGGAAAGGCAAUGGAGGAUAGCAACUGAAAUGUCCAAUCUUAUUAUAUAUUGUCGUUCAGUUGCAUUUAAUGCCGAGAAAAUUAGGAAGAACGGCUUUAUCUUCUAUGAAAUGUCUUCAUUCCCAGAAACAAAAGCAGAGAAACUCAUCUGCCAACAAGAAAACAAAUUUUUCCUUAAAUAUCACCAGAUCCAGUUUAGCCGCGUCUAUCCAAAAGGACAGCGUAUAGACUCUUCCAAUUACAAUCCCAUCCCUAUAUGGAACUCAGGAGGUCAAAUGGUAGCACUCAACUACCAGACACCAGACAAAGCAAUGCAGCUGAAUCAAGCCAAGUUUCGAGAGAACAGAAACUGUGGCUUUCUCUUGAGACCAGAAUUUAUGUUCAGGGAAGAUUUUGAUCCAUACGAUAAGAACACGUUGGUGGGAGUGGAGCCACUCACCCUGUCAAUACGGGUGAUUGGAGCAAGGCAUCUAAGCAGAUCUGGUCGUGGGACUUCCAGCCCAUCGGUGGAAAUCGAAGUGGUCGGUGCUGAAUAUGAUUCAGGAUCAAAACUGACCACAAAGACAGUCUCUGAUAAUGGUUUUAACCCAGUGUGGAACGAGAUCUGUGAAUUUGAUGUGAUCAACCCACACUUUGCUCUACUCAGGUUCGUCGUCCAAGAUGAGGAUGUGUUUGGCGAUUCAAACUUCAUAGGACAGGCAACGUAUUCUGUCUCAACUCUGCGGAGUGGUUAUCGCAGCAUUCCGCUCAAGAAUGCAUACAGUGAGGACCUCGAACUGGCUUCUCUGUUGGUGCAUAUAAAUAUUAGGAACAAAUUGGAAGGGACAAAUGGAAUACUGACAAAUUCGGUAUCAGCUAGGAGCCCAAUAGGAGACAAUGAAGACUGAUAAUGAAUGUCUACAAAGAGAGCCUGUACUGACAGUUACUCUCGUAAAACUUUCAUGAGUCUUGUUGUAGAACUCUACACAUGUCAAGGUAAUUUCUGUGCAAAGAGGUAUGUAUAGAGAGUUUGUCUUUGCUAGAAGGUGCAACAAAGAUUGAAUUAUAUUAUCGAAACCCUUAUCACUGUACCAGAAGUGCAUUAGCCUUUCAGCUGCAAUCAGAUAUGCUCUGCAGUCUUACAGGUCACUCAAGGAACAUUGGACAGAGUGUAGUGGCCAGUCAUCACAUCCAGUCUACGUUGCUUAACCGCACUGGACAGUCCUGGAUGCUGUUUAUUGUUGAUCCUUCUUUCCAUUGUUUUGUGCUGGCCCAACUUGAUUGGAGUGUGUCGGUAAUGGGUACCAGGAAUGUGUGGCUACUGGCACACUCCCGCAGAUUAGGCUCACCGUGAAGUGAUGGAAGGUGCAAUGAUUGACAAGACAGUCUGAAUAUUACGGCUGACCACCAGACUCCACUCACUGCUCCUAUAGUGGUCGAUGCUUGGACAGGUUGCUGGGCUCUGACAGUGUAAUGUGUGUAAAUGUAACUUAUAUCACACAUCGCAUUAACCCUGAUGACAGAGGCAGAGAUCACCUUUGAAACGUUUGUUAUCAACUACAUUUUCACACAGCUUAGAACUAACUCCAUGGACCAGUCUUUCUGGAGAAGCUAAUCAUUGCUCAGCUAGUCAAGAAAUUCACCACCUUUUACUGAAUUUGUAGGUUGUUUCUUCAAAAGAGCCCACCCCUGGCCCCUAUCAUGAACCAGAUUAAUCUUGCCCACACCCUCCCCACCCUAUUUCUUAUCUUCCCAACUGUAACUAAGUCUUCUUACAGCUCUCUUCCUUUCAGUAUUUCUGAUCAGAAAUCUCUAUGCAUUUCUUGUUUCUCACAUGCAUGCUAGCUAGGCAGGAAGUAAUGUAGUUACCAAAAACAUUGAUGUAAAGAACAGUUUUAAUGUUUUGUGUUGUGUGUAUCUAUUGGUUACAUGUGAUAUAAUUUGAAUAUUUUAAUUAAUACAUUAGAGACAACUUUUUACAUGUGCCUUUUACCUCUUAUGAGCCUCAUUUUCCACUUAAAAUUGAGAGAACAAUCACAGCUUUACUUUUGGGGCUCAAUUUUUAUAUAUGUUUUAUUUGUGUUUUCUGUUUUAUAUUUAUAUAUUUUAUUAUUAUUAACCGUUCACUGCCCUACAGAUUUAACUGGAAACGUGUAUUGAGCUCUCUCAUGACCUUAAAAUUGAAAUUAUUCUUAUUUUAGUCUGAUGAAGGGAAGUCUCUAUGUUCUGUUCAAAUUCUGAUUUUCUCAUCUGUGAGCAGUAUACUCUCAAUUAGAUGUGUGCUGAAUAUCCAGCUUGUGGCUCAGUCAUGCACCUAUUAAUUUUUCUCAGCCUGUCUCUCCGUCUGUCUGUAUAUGAAACAGAUUGAGAGUCACUAAGUAAAUUUUCAUGAAAUUUGAUGGUGGAGAAUUUUUUUAAGAAUUGUCAAACUGUUUCACUUGUCAUUUAGCUUCUACAGUUUUUGUGUUUAUAGUUUAAGAUAGUAUUAUUGCUUAAAGUAAGGUUAAGAGUCUAUAAUCUUUUAUAGUCUUUUAAAAUAUAUGUUAUAAAUAUUUAUAAUUUAUUCUGUUAGGAAAUAAUUUCUGUCUGUUGUCAAAAAGAAAGCAGUAGCUGUUGAAACUGUAUGCAUAUAUUUUCUUUCACCCAUGAAAGAAUAUUCAGAAGCCAGACAUAUCAAAAAACAUAUCAUAAUAUCUGUUGUUUGUCUGAAUAGAGAAUUUACUUGAUCUUGUCACCUUUAUAUCUUUCUAAAUGCCAUCAUAAAAACAUUUUCCCAUACUAAUCAUUAUUUAAUUGUGCUAGUACUGAAGUAACUAAGUGAAAACUAGAAUUAGUAAAUACUUAUUAGUCUUAUGAUAGAGUGGCUCUAUGCAAGCUCAGUGGGCUUUUAUGCUGCAGGGUUGAGUCAGUUCUCUUACACAGACAGACAGUAUAGGUAUUGAUAUUGUUAAAUACAAUGCGGUCACAUUUUAUAUGAAUUUGAAAUAGUGCGAUAGAAAAGUUAAAGUCUCACUUUAUGCACAAAGUUUGAACUAAUGUGAAUCCCCCCCCCCAAAAAAACAUUCGGCAACAAUCACAUAUGUUUCAGAACUAUGAGAAAACUUUUAUUGAAUUACUGGAGGUCUUCACAAAAGCUUUCAGUCAUAAAAUGCGACUGCACCAUAUCUUUUAUUUUUAUGGGUAUAUCUGUAUAUUUAGGGAGCACGCGGUAGUGUAGUUGGUAGAGGG